AUGGCUCUUGAACAAGGAGCUCCUACUGUCUGUAAGGUCCCCUUAGCAGUCAGCCUAAUAUGUAUCAUCUGUAGGACUCACCCUCUUGUCUCUUGUCUUUGGUCAGGGUACUCCAGGGACACGUCCUUCCUGGAGAUGGUGGUGGACAUCAUCCAGGAGCUAAAGAGGGCCAACCCCAGUCUGGUUUAUGUGUGUGACCCUGUGCUUGGCGAUCAUGGUUCCAUGUAUGUGCCUGAAAACCUCCAUCCUGUCUAUAAGAACAAGGUGGUCCCGGUUGCUGACAUCAUCACUCCCAAUCAGUUUGAAGCAGAGUUAUUGACUGGGAAAAACAUCAGCACAGAGAAAGAGGCUGUGGAGGUGAUGGAUCUGCUCCAUGCGAUGGGUCCAGACACAGUUGUCAUCACCUCGUCUGACCUGCCCUCCAGACUGGGAGACCAGUUCCUGGUUUCUCUUGGAAGCCAACGCACUGUUCACCCAGACGGGAGCAGAUCCACACAGAGGGUGCGGAUGGACGUGCCCAAGGUGGAUGCUGUGUUUGUGGGCACUGGAGAUCUCUUCGCUGCUAUGCUGCUAGCAUGGACACACCACUAUCCCAAUGAUCUGAAGACAGCCUGUGAGAAGACCUUCUCAGUUAUGCACCAUGUCAUCCAGAGGACCAUAUCUUAUGCGCACGAGCUGGCCGGCCCUGGGAGGCGGCCCAGCCCGCCCCAGCUGGAGCUGCGGAUGGUCCAGAGCAAGGCUGACAUAGAGGACCCAGCUAUCGUCAUGAGGGCCACCGUCAUAUCCUAACAUCGACACCCUCAGACUCAUGCUCCACCUUAUAGCCCUGAAGAGAACACCUGAUGUUCCUCGUCAGUGAUCGCUCUCUGUACCCCCGAUAGUAGAACACCUUCAGUCCGUUGUCACCCUUACAAAACCUUUCCC